GGACUCCGUACAGCACAAGGUAAGAGGAUCAGAGAGUGUACUCCGGAGUACAGCUGAGCGUCUGCCUCAGGCAAAGCGGUCGAUUUUUUUACCUCACGGCACCGUUCUUGUAGUCUGAUUCCUUAGUUCUAUACGCUGAUCUCACGACAUCCAUUGACAAUUUAAAAAUGCCGACUGAAUUAGAAGAGCUCGUCGAAUUUCUCCACCAUGGAAAUACUCAAAUAAGACAAAUUGCGUGCGAGAACCUUGUUGGUUUCUCGACUGUCCAGCCAGAGCUCUUCAAGCGCCAGCAACUCCUGCCCGUGCGAGAUCUCAAGCUUCUUGUUCGCGAUUAUGCACCAAUUGCCAAAAAUGCCCUGACGAUACUUAUCAACCUCUCCGCAGAUGAAGAAGUGCUUGCCAACAUCGCUAAUGAUGACGCUUUUCUUGAAACGCUUCUUCUGAAGAUCACAAACAUCAAAGAAUCGAAUGCGGAUGAAUUUGCCAUGCUUUUCGCGAAUCUAGCGAAAUCCAACAAGAUGGAGAGGCUGCUCACUCUCAAGCGGAAAGCACCAGAGGCAGUCUCCAAAUCAGGCAACGCGAUGGACCAGCUAAUGGACUGUUUCGUGAAGGGAGCCGAGAAUGGUCUCAACAAAUAUGCAAAUUUUGACUACCUCUCUUACCUCUUCGCCGACCUCUCCAAAUCUGAGCACGGGCGAGCAUAUUUCACUUCGCGGCAGGAGUAUGAUGGUGUUGUCCCGGUGACAAAACUCACCGUGUUCACGGAGCAUAAAAGUACCAUCCGGAGGAAGGGCGUAGCGUCAACGAUUAAGAACGUUGCAUUUGACGUCCCAUUCCAUCCCACCCUUUUGUCCGAGGAUGAGGCUAAUAUCCUUCCCUACAUACUGCUCCCAAUCACAGGUCCAGAGGAAUAUUCCGAGGAGGAAGCAUUGGACAUGCUGCCAGACCUCCAGCUGCUACCGCCCGACAAACAGCGAGAUGCAGAUACUAGCAUCAUUGUGACACACAUUGAAACUCUUCUGUUGCUGACAACAACACGAGAAGGGCGUGACAAAAUGAGGGCUGUUCAAGUGUAUCCAGUCAUUCGAGAAUGCCACCUCCAUGUGAAUGACGAGAGUGUGCGUGAUGCCUGCGAUCGCCUUGUCCAAGUUUUGAUGCGGGACGAAGAAGGCGACGACAAGACAAGUCAGCUCCUAGCAGGCCAUGCAUCCGAAAACCUAGACCUUGAGCUUCCAGGCGAUGACCAGAAUGUUGUGGAGAUAUUCUAGAUUAACUCUGCCCAUCAGCCCAACUGAAACUCUAAUAUGCACCUGAGAUUUGGAAACUGAAAUGUACUGAGUCUAAAUUGCUGAAAAAACAUGCUAUCAUUAGAACACUUGGUAUAGUUAC